AUGCAGAGCGCUGAAGGAGAAGGAGUUGAGGCAGGCUGGGAGGAGGGAAGGUCCAGCCAAGAUGAGAAAGGCACCAAGAAGAAGGAAGGACUUGAUAAAGCAGAGGAGGACUGGGGAGAGACUGUCCUACCUGAGGAUCACACGGGACCAGAGCCUGAUGACUCGGCCCCUCAGCCUCAGGCUGACCUUAGUGGUGUGGAUGAAGAGUUCCCUGUGGCUUCAAAUUCAGUACAAGAUGAUGUGUCUUACGAGCCAGUGACACUUCAUUUCUCAAACCUUAACACUUCAGAAGACAUGGAGGAUCAGGAUGAGGAAGAGGAGGAGGAAUUCAUUGUUCUUGAUCCUGAACAUCCCCUGGUCAGAAGGCAACAAGCUGCUCUGAACAGCCAGCUGAGCAAGCAGCUGGAGAGGAUCAACCUGGAGCUGAAGGAAAAGCUGGUAAUGGAAAAGGCAGAUGCCAGCUACAUUCAGGAGAUAAGUGUUGAGAUGUUCAAUAUUCAGGAGCAGGUAGCCAGACUCCAUAGCAGGUUGGACGACCGUCAUCAGACCAAGGCACAGGCUGAAGCCAAACAGCGGCAGGCACAGGAUCAGCUGGAGGCAAUGAAGAGCCACUAUUCCAGUACUACUAGCCAGUACAGCAAAGCCAAAACCAAUGUGUCCCAGCUGCAGGCAGAGACUGACAAUCUGAUGCAGCACCUUGUCUUCACACAAGGAAUCAGUGAAGAACUGCAUUCUAAUGUCAAAGUCAUGAAGAAUGCUCGACGCAAAGCAGGAGCUGAGAAGGACCAGGCCGAAGAGCAGAAAUUGAAGCAGGAUUUGUAUGUGGAGCGUCUAACAAAGGACAUGGAGAGGCUGAUGCAGCAGAUAGCCAUGUAUGAGGCCCAGGCCAGUGCUCAAACCGAGGAGACACAGACAGCCAAAGAGGCCCUCUCUGAGGCUGAGAUGGAAAUGGAGUCUCUGGUGGUGGCGCGUAAACAGCUGCUACAGCAGUGGAACAGCAGCCUGGUGGGCAUGAAGAGCCGAGAUGAGGCCUUCAACGCCAUGCAGGAGGCCUUGCGUGAGGUUGAGCACCAGGUGAUCUUACUGGACAGAGAGAUUGAAGGCUACAAGAAAUCCACCACUGAAGAGCAGGAGCAAAAUGAGACACUGACUUUACAGCUGAACUGGUCCCAGCUGGAUGGAGCUACCUCCAAAAAGCUGAUCAGUCAGAAGCAGGCCCAGCAAGAGGCUCUGCAGGCCCAUUACAGCACCUGCCUCCGCACUCUGAGGGAGACAGAGCGCACCCUCGCCAGGCUCACAAAGGAAGCCAGCACCCACCAGGCUGAAGUGAAUGAUCAGAGGAGGCAGCUGGAGAAAGAGAGUGCUGUGCGUCUGGAGUUGGAGGACAAGAUCAUGACACAAAUGCAGCAGAGGCUCACCCACAACAAGGCUGCCAAGUACUCCCAACGCCUCACCAGCAAGAUAGCCACACUCAAAAAAGACAAGAUCUCUCAGUUGUGGCAGCUGGAGAACGCGGUGAUGGCGGUGGGACUGGAAUGCAGCGAGGUCAGCCAACAUCUGGACAGCCUCGCCCUCACUCAGGAGGCUCUAGAUGACGAGAUCGCAAAGUGCAACAAGUUACUCACAUCCAACCAAGCUAAGAUUUCCUCCUUGGUUAUCCUCAUCGGGCAGAGGCAGUCCACCAUCGCCAACUACAAUAAACAGAUCUGCCAAAUUGCAGCCAGUACUGGGCGCGAAGACCUAAGUCCUCUGCAAAUCAAGGUAGAGGCAUUGAUCGCUCAGAUUGAGGAGCUGUCCGCAAAUAUCAAGAGUGACCAGCAGCUCUGGAUAAAACAGCAGGGGACUCUAGUGGGACUGACCCAGGAGAUAGAAGCCAACAGCAAGAACAUGUUCAAACUGCAGGCAGAGUACACAGGCAUGCAGCAGAAGAAAAUACGUUUGGAGAGACAGAUUGAAGCAGAGCACCGAGAUCAGACAGAGCUGGAGAAGGAUGUGAAGAUGCUGAGAGGAGACCUGCUGAAACUAAACUCUCUGCUGAGCAAGAAUGGGCAGAUCAGCCAGGCACUGGAACAGGAGAAUGCACUGUUAGAGACAGAUUUCCUUCACAGAUUUAAGGAGGCAGAGCGGGAGUCAGUUGGGAUGCAGAUGAAACACGAGAAGACCCAGGAGGAGAAAGAGAGACUCCUCAACAGUCUGGUGGAAGCUGAGCGGCAGAUCAUGCUGUGGGAGAAGAAGACCCAGCUUAUAAAAGAGACUCGUUCAGCCGUGGACUCUGAGGUGGGCCAGGGAGAGAUCCAGAUGAUAAAGGCUGAGAUACACCGCAUGGAGGUGCGACUCAGCCAACUGAUGAAGCAGCAGGAGCGGCUGCUGAGGGAGAGUGAAGCAACGGUGGCAAGGAGGGAGACCAUCGUUCUCCGUAGGGAGGCCAUGGUCCACAGCUCCCACAAGCAAACUACAAAGGGCGAGCUGACCCGCUUCAUACAGGGCCUGCAGCGGAGGAUCCAGGACACACAUAAGCAUGUGACAGAGUGUGAGCAGGUGAUCAGGGAGCUGCAGGAGAGCCAAGUGAGCCUCAAUGACAAGCUUGCACAGCAGAAGCAGCAGCUGAUAGAACUGUGCGGCACCAGCUGCAUCCUUGACCCUGACUUUGUCAAUCUCCAGGAUACCAAAGACAGGAACCUAGCCCACUUGGUGGCUCUGCAGAGCCGGACCAAGAAGCUGCAGGGGGUGUGUGAGGGCAGCUACCAAGCCUUGUCCACCAGCGAGUCAAUAGGAACAGCUCUGCAAAGCCAGAUGGAGCGUGUGCACGCUACCAGCACCAUCUUGCACCGUGUGUGUGAGGAGUUCCCCCAGCACCAGGAGGCAUUCCGCAGGCUCUCGCUGGCACUGGCAGCACGCACUCACGCCCUAGAUCAGGAGGCGUCCUGAGGGUGAGGGGAGAAUAUAGACAUAACAGUGAGUCCAGGAGAAGAAAUGCAGAGAAUAGCAAGUGAGUAAAAAUGUGGUUAAGAUAAGUUAGAAAUCAAAUCAAAUAAAUGACGACGAUGAAGAAUGAGAGGUAAUUUAUUUUGGUGUUCCACUCUGUUAUACUUUGAAUGAAAAACUGAUUGUGAAAUGAUGUCAUAAAAUAAACACUCAUGAAAUCGGAACAGAAACAACUGAACCCUUCAUAGUGGAUUUUUCAGCCCACCUGCCUGUUUGGAAACGAACUGAUUUGUGGUUCAGUUGUACUGUACCAUUUACACGAUGAAUGGAUAAUAACAUCCUUUAGGGGUUGAUAGUGACAACUGCAUCAGGGACAAAAACACAAACACGCCCUAGUGGAUUAUCUAAACCAUUCGGUAUAUGUAGAGCUAAUGCACCUUUCAUUUGUUCAGUUACUGAAAAAAGCACACGUCCUAGAAGUUUAAUUUCCUUAUUCCCUGUCUCAUUUUGUGAUUUUAAACCCCAUUCCCCAAUCAGCGUGACUGCAAAGUGAAAAAAGCACCUUUUUCUGAUACACUGUUAUAUAGCAUAAGUCAUAUAAAGUGCUUUUUUCCUUUUAUUUAGGUCAUUCUCAAAUGUAUGUUCCAUAAACAUGUCACAAAACUACUACAGUUGCUCACUUGUAUUGUAAAAGCUCAGUUCCACUUCACCUGAACAUAUUCACUGCUGUCUAUAACCUGUGUGAUAGUAUAAAUCGCCACUAUUUAGCAUUUAGCUAUGAACUAUCCACACCACCUGGGAGUCAUCUUACCUGACACUUCACUGAAGUGACACCUAUCGAAAAAAUGUGAUUUGCCUAGAAUCAACAACAUGUAUGCUUUACUGUUAAAACACUAGAUAAAGGAACUGUCUCAUUAGUGGUUUCUGCGUCAUUUUGGUAUGCAUGCCACGGCCGUGAAACUUGUGCAUUUGCCUUAUACACUUGCUGUUAAUUUCUAAACCUGUUUAG